AUGUUUCGCGGCGACAAAUUUAUCGCGAUCGGCAUAGCCUUACUCUUUUGCGCAAAAACUUUCUUUAUGUCCUUCUUUUCGCUUGAUCAACAUCCGCGUUACUAUCAGCUAAAAGUGCAGCGUAGCGCAUAUGGCCAUCCAACGACGUACUUGUGGAUCACGUUCCUCUCCAAUUUGGUCGCUUUCAUGGCGGGUUUCUUUCUGUUCGCUGGACUCUGUGAGAGUUUAUACGCUUUCUUUUCGCCAGCUUUCGCCGUUAUUGUGUGCUUCAUUGUGGGUGAUUUGUUCUUUCAUUGCCUUUUUCUAUUCGUCACCGUUGAAUUUCAUAUGCUUAUGGUAUUCAAUUUGUGUACCACGGUUGUUUUUGCUGGUUGCAUGUAUUUCGUUUAUAGAUACUCUAAAGAAUUUGAUGAACUCAAUCCGGAGCAAGUUUUGCAGCGAAAUGGAUCUGCAAGCGAAUAA